CCCGCGGCCGGGGGCGGACAAUGGGGGCGCGGGGUGGUGGCGGUAGGAAGAUGGCAGCGGCCGGAGGCACCGCGGGGCGCCCGGCGGCCGCCGCUCCCGCGCGGCUCCCCUGCUCGGCGUGGCUGCUGGCCGCCGCCGCCCUGAUCGCCGUUAAAGUAUCAGCAGUAGAGGUCAACACACCGGAGGAGAUAUUUGUGGAGAAUGGGACAGAUGCAAAGCUUCCAUGCACAUUUACAUCUGUGGAAGUGAUCAGCAGCGCAGCAUCUGUUUCUUGGAGUUUUCAACCAGAGGGAGCUGCAACUCGUAUCUCAUUUUUCUAUUACUUUAAUGGAAAGCCAUACCCUGGAAAGGACAUACCGUUUAAAGACAGGAUCACUUGGGCUGGAGAUCUUAACAAGAAAGAUGCUUCUAUCAGUAUAUCAAACAUGCAGUUCCGGGACAACGGCACUUACAUUUGCGAUGUCAAGAACCCACCUGACAUUGUUGUCAAACCAGGAGAAAUCCGAGUUAGAGUUGUGGAGAAAGACAGCCUGCCUGCGUUCCCCAUUGCCAUGGUGGCAGGGAUAGUCAUCGGUACGGUUACAGGUCUCUCACCGCUCAUCUCUAUUGUCGUGUGUCUUGUCAUCAGAAAGAACAACUCUAAAAAACGAUACUCUGGCUGCAGUACAUCUGAGAGCUUGAUGUCACCGGUUAAGCAGGCUCCGCAGAAGUCGCCCUCCGACACAGAGGGUCUGGUAAACAGCAUGCCCGCCAGAUCACACCAGGGCCCAGUCAUUUACGCGCAGUUAGAUCACUCCGGAGGACAGCACAGCGACAAGAUUAACAAGUCAGAGUCUGUGGUCUAUGCUGAUAUUCGGAAGAACUGAGAUGAGAUCCUAAGCUAUCCAAAGGAAAACACACGUUCAGACUGGAAUUGCUUGAACAAGAUUUGACCCAGAGAACUCACAUGUGGCCUUUGAUGCCUAGGCUAGGACCAAUGCAUGUGCAUACAGAGGGAAAGAUAUAUAUGUAUUGUGUGUAAAUAGUCUAUUUAAUCGUACAGAAGUGAGACCAAUGUUGCAUGUUGAAAUGCGGUAAGAAUUUUGCUUAUAAAUUGCCAAUAUUCUUUUUUGUAUCUUGUGUGACGAGAGAGAAAGUGAAAACUCGCAUCACAAUUUUAAAAUAUUUUUAUCUUGAUUAUUAAUGGAGAAACUGGAAGAUGCCUGAAGAUUCUAGAUUGACCUGGAGAUCCUUUUUUUGCUUAUAGGGCCUAAUUUCUUUUGUGGAAGCGAAUAUAAAGAAAUCUUUAUAUUCAUAGAGUUCUUUAUGUGUACAGGGUAUUCAUCUUUCCUUGGUCAGAUUCUCAAUACAAGCUGCCUUCUCAUAUAAACUAGACACUUUCACUUGGUCUUGUAAGCCAAACUGUGACUCCUAGCUAUCAGAAAUGUAAUGUAUGUCUUAGCAGUGUAAGUGAAGGAAAUGUUUAGGCCUACCUGACCUGUGUAACACAGGUCACAGAACUGUUUACUUCUAUAUUGAGCCCAUCUAUUCAAGCUUAGUCCUUUAAGGUACAGGGGUAGUGUUGAUCUAAUGAAUUUUGUGAAAUGGUAGUUUACCUGUGAAAACAUAAAAGCUAGUGAGUUAAAGGGAUAGGAAGCUAUAGCUGUAGGUGGUUGCCUCAGACUCUGUUGAACCUUUCAAUGAAAUGUUUCUUCCUCGAAGCUCUGUCAUUUCAUAUAAGCAUGAAAAAGGGCUCCAAGAGAUCUGGAAGCUGUAGUACUCCCUCACCUCUCUCCCAUGUCUCCAUUAUACCACUGUCACUUCCUUAGAGAUGCUUUAUCUGUUCCUAAAAGCCUGUAGUGGAGGCUGAAUGACCUCUGGAGGAAAUCUAGGGCUCCACUCUUUGGUUUUUUUGAUGUGUGUUUUUCUGUGUAACCUAUAUUUGCACAGAGGAUGCGGAGGGCAGUUUAUUUCCUUCCUGUCUGCAAGUCUACUACUUGAAUACAAUUUCCCAGCUUCUUGUUUCUAGAUUAAACUCCUCGUAGAUUGUUAAAGAUCUCUGAUAGUUCUGCUGAAGAGGAUCUUUCUUUAGCUGACCCAUUUGUAUCCUGAAAUCUGGUGCUCAAAACUAGAAGUGGCAUUCCAGCUGAGGUCUUCUCAGAGUAGCGCAUAGUAGAAGGAUUUCUGUUUUGUACAUCCUAAUGUGGUGUUGGCUUUUUUGUAGCAGCAAAUAAUUUUCAGUUUGGUCUACCAUAACCCCUUCUCUCUGAUUCUUAACCAUUUCCUAGUUCAGUCUAUUUCACAGAAUGGUUGAGGUUGGAAGGGACCUCUGGAGAUGAUCUAGUCCAAACCCCCACCUCCUCAAGCAGGGUCAGCUAGAGCAGGUUGCCCAGCACUGUGCCCAGUUGGGUUUUGAGUAUCUCCACAGAUGGAAACUCUACAAUAUCUCUGGGCAACCUGUUCCACUGUUUGAUCACUUAGAGUGAUAAAACAGUAAAAAACCUGCUUCCUUGUGUUCAGGUGGAAUUUCCUUUUUUAAAAUUUCUGUCCAUUGCCUCUUGUCCUGCCAGUGAGCUACUACUGAGAAGAGUAGUGUUCUUCAUUCCCUCCCAUUGAGUAUUUAUAGAUGUUGAUAAGAUCCCCCCCAAGCUUUCUCUUCUUCAGGCUGAACAGUCCCAGCUCUCUCAGCCUUUCCUCAUAUGAAAGAUGCCCCAGUUCCUUUAUCAUCUUUGUGGGCCUGCACUGGACUUGUGCCAGUAAGUCCAUAUCUCUCUUGGAGAGCCCAGAACUGGACACAGUACUCCAGGUGUGGCCUCACCAGUGCUGAAUAAUGGGGAAGGAUUAUCUCCCUUGAUGUGCUGGCAAUACUUUGCCUAAUGCAGCCCAGGACACCAUUUGCUUUCUUUGCAGCAAGGGCACAUUGUUGGCUCAUGUUCAACCUGGUGUCCACCACGACACCCACAGGGCCUUUUCUGCAAAGCUGCUUUCCAGCCAGGUGGCCCCCAGCAUGUACUGGUGCAUGGGGUUGUUCCUCCCCAGGUGCAGGACUUUGCACUCCUUGAACUUCAUGAAAUUCCUCUUAGCCCAAUUCUCCAGCCUGUCCAGGUCCCUCUGAAUGGCAGCACAACCAUCUGGUGUGCCAGCAACUCCUCCUAGUUUUGUAUUGUCUGCAAAUUUGGCUCUACUGAAAUUAUGUUAUGGCUUUUUCAGACUUCAUCUUCAAUUUGUCAGUUGGAAACUUGGUUUGAAUUCUCAUCCUGUCCUCCAGUGAGCUUGCAACACUCUUAACUUGUUAUUUGCAAACUUAAGCCUACAUUCCAUUGUAACAUCAAGUAAAUGAAAAAGAGUUUUAGGCCUGUGGCAGACCCUUUCAGAACCACAUUAGAUAAUCCUUUAAUUAUGACAGUGCAACUUUAAUACACAACAACCCAACAAAGUUGGGUAUGCCAACACUAUAUUCUUUCAUCAGGAUCAGACUUCACUGGUUUCCUGACAACACCUGCCUUUGUUAGAAGCCUCAUUAAGAUAAGGAUGAAUCCUGCUGCUGCUGCUUUCCUUAUCUACUGGGCUGUGAACUUCCCAACAUUUGUUUUACACCUAGUAAGAAAGGACCGCUUUUGACAUGGUUGCUGGAGAAACUUGAUUUUGAUCUGUCUGUGUUCAUCCCUGUGCAUCACCAUCUUUCUCCCCAGACAUUUUAGGGUAAAAAGGAGAAAUGUGAUGAAUGUAGUGAUCAAAAACUUGCUGCUAUGAGAAGAUAGGGCUGUCCUUGGCUCUGAAAUCUGCUACUAAUGUUUGUUUCUUUUCCUUCUGGAAUAUACUGGAGAAUAUAAGCACAAUGCUGAUCUGGUGCUGACUUUAAGAAACACACUGAUCUGGUUGGUGCUAACUUUAAGAAACACACUGAUCUGGUGCUAACUUUAGGAGACGUGCUGAUCUGGCUGAUGCUAGUGUUAGGAAACAUGCUGAUCUGGUUGGUGCUAACAAACUUAGGAAACAUCUUCCAUUGCUUUUGUUUAGCUACAGGUAUGUUCAUAUUGCCUAUACUGAGGAGGCUCAUUGCAGGGCUGCUUGGAUCCUCUUUGUGAAGGCAGAAUGAACUUGGAAGUAUUUUUUUAAAAAUGCUGAACAUCUUUCUAAAAAGAAACAGAAGUCCUUUCCCCCAGGAAUAGCAGAAAUCAGUCUGAAUCCCUCUCCAGUGCAAAGGCUGUUGAAUUAUGUUUGUUUUUUUUUUUUUUAAUUGGUCACAGGAACAUGAAUAAUGUAGCUAUUAUAUAACUUACUCAGGCUGAAGUCAAAAGAACUUGAGGCAAUGUGAGACUUGUGAACUUUCUGUCCCUCAAUUUAUCUUAGCUUGUUUAAUCAUACGAUAACCUGUGCUGAUGAAAGGGACUGAUGCUAAGUUGGCUUACUUAGUAAAGUCUCAGGAGACAGAGGACUUCUACUUCCUUGAUGGGUAGCAAGCAGAGAUUAAAGUUAGACGAGGUCAUCAUAUCCUGAUGUUAUGGUGACCAGAAGUUUAACUCUUUGCUUUACUGCUAUUCUCUUAAUUCUCUGAUGCUGUUCUUUGCAGGUGGAAAGGAACAGCUUGGACUUUGAGGAACACUGAGUGUGUUGUCCUUGUCCUGCUGUAGUACUGCUGCUACCUCUUUUUAGGACCAUCUAUUUUAAAACGAAGUGCUGCCUGGCAGGCUCGCUGCAGCACAGCUGAGGGGUAGGCAGCCUCUCUUGAGGCAGUAGCAAAUGACUAAAACUGUCAUGUGGGUCAUCGCCCUUCUAUAGUGGAGCUGGGGAAGGUCUGUGGGAUGUAAAAGACUUGCAAUGAAUUCUCUUUUAUUCCUCAUGCAAACAAAACUGGGAUCAAUCUGAAAUCCAUUUCUCAGCUGAGGGGGGGGAAAAAAGGGUCUUUUAUGGGUAAAAGUGACCUUCUAUCCAUUGUAGGGGUGCAGUUUUGGAUGGCCAGCCUGGGCUCUGGCAGUUAAGCCAGCUGGCACCCCCUAGAGCCAGGGGUAUGAAUGGCAUCAUUCAUGUUCCCUGUUUUUAAUGGAACUGCAAAGUGGAAAAGUUUUGGCUUUUUACUAACAGUGGAUAUAUUCUUCCUUAUUUUUGAUUACCAGAAAUGAAUUUUGAGAAGCAGAUUACAAAUAAUCAUAAAGUAUCAAUCUAAGUAAAUUGGUAGCUGUACUCAGUACAUCACAUCUCCAUUGCCUCUUUUGACUUGAGCAGUUUUUCUGUGAGGGACAUGGUCGGCAUGUUCAUGAAAUGGCAUUAAGAGCCAUUACAGGGUGGUGGGUGGCAAAUAUGUCCCUGUAACUAAUUGAAUGAUGUGUCAUUUGUAACUGGAGACCCAUAGGGUUUUGUUUUCUCUCAAAGCUUUAGUGAUACUUCAAUUUGUGACUAGAAGAGCUGGAAUUAGGUUUUUAAACCUGUGAGAACUGUUUAGGUAACCAUCUGUCUUGUAACUGCAGUAAAUGUGUCUAUGCAGCUUAGAAGCUGCAUUGCCUUGGAGUGGAUUCAUUGAGGUCAAGUGUGGGCUAUUUGAUUUAUAACCAAAACACCUUAAGUCUGUAUUGAAAUCUUGUCCUGGAAUUUUACAUUAUUAAUGUAUCUACCUAGCACCUCAAGUACAAAAUGUUCUUAUUGUAUAAUAGGUGAUGGAAAUAUUUUCUCUUUAAAACCAUCAAAGCUGAGGUGGGUAAGACUUCUGGGCUGUGGCCACACCCCUGCGGUGCUAGUAUUUAGGUAACAUUUUUAUAUGGGAGACUACAAAAUCAUAUUAACUAUGCUCAGCAAUUAUACUCUUCUUGAGGCUUCUCUUUCCCUUCUCUUCACUGCCCUAAAGCUAAUAAGCCCUUUCAUUUAAAGGUAUUUUUGUACUCUAAAACGUAAGUUCAAUGCCUUUGGAGAUCAGUGUGCUGUGCAAUCUUUUCUGUCUCCCUGCAGUGCCAGCUGUUUUUAUGUGGUAAAUGUAAUUGGAAACAUAGUCUGGGUACUUUUCUUUUGUAAACCUCUGUCUUGGAGGUAUGCAAGAGAAAAAACACCUGUAAGACAGGUGUAUAAUCUGAGUGAGGGAGCUAGGUAUGCACUGCAUGGCCUGAUUACAUGAAGAGCCAGUGUACCAACUGUUAGUGCUUUUGCUUUUACGACUCAUCUGGAAACAGUUAUCUUGGAUAUUUUUUCUUGAAUGGACUUUCAUGUUUUCUGUUGUAAUCUUGUGAAUAUUUUAAUACACUUUUUUUUCCCCA